AUGUCGGUGAUUUUAGUUUCUGCGGGAUACGACCAUUCGAUUAGGUUUUGGGAGGCACUGACCGGGGUCUGCUCUAGAACGAUUCAACAUUCUGAUUCACAGGUAAAUAGACUCGAGAUUACAAACGAUAAAAAGUUACUUGCUGUUGCUGGUCAUCAGAACGUAAAACUUUAUGAUAUAAGAACUACUAAUCCGAAUCCUGUGGCGUCAUUUGAAGGUCAUAGAGGUAAUGUCACCUCGGUAUCGUUUCAGCAGGAUAAUAAAUGGAUGGUAACGUCAAGCGAAGAUGGAACGAUCAAAGUUUGGGAUGUGAGAGCUCCUUCAAUACCAAGAAAUUAUAAACACAAUGCCCCCGUAAACGAAGUGGUGAUACAUCCAAAUCAGGGAGAGCUAAUAUCGUGCGAUAGAGAUGGUAAUAUAAGAAUUUGGGAUCUAGGAGAGAACCAAUGUACCCAUCAAUUGACGCCGGAAGAUGACACGCCUCUUCAAUCUUUAUCACUUGCAAGUGAUGGCUCUAUGUUAGUUUCCGCCAAUAGUAAGGGGAAUUGUUACGUUUGGGAAAUGCCAAAUCGGACAGAUGCUUCGAAUUUAAAACCUGUCACAAAGUUUAGGGCUCAUGCAACCUAUAUCACUCGCGUACUACUCUCUUCAGAUGUCAAACAUUUAGCUACAUGCUCGGCUGAUCAUACGGCAAGGGUUUGGUCAGUUGAUAAAAAUUUCGAGUUAGAAACAACUUUAGAUGGUCAUCAGAGAUGGGUUUGGGAUUGUGCAUUCAGUGCUGAUAGUGCAUACUUAGUUACUGCAUCUUCUGAUCAUUAUGUGAGGCUAUGGGACCUUUCGACAAGAGAAAUUGUUAGACAAUAUGGGGGUCACCAUAAAGGUGCAGUUUGUGUAGCAUUAAAUGAUGUAUAA